AUGCCAGGCCUCGUCUCCCUCCCCCCAGAGUUGCUCCAGGAGGUGUUGUCCCAGCUCGACGAGGACGCUCUGUGCGCACUCUGUCGAACAUGCCAGACUCUUCAUGCUUAUGCUGAACCCUUCUUAUACGAAUCUAUCACGUAUACGUUUUACUCUGACAACGACAAGGAUAUUCCCGGCCCCCCUUCGAUUGACGGCUUAUUCACGGCGAUAUGGCGGCGCCCCGAGCUCGCUGCGUACGUCAAGCGCGCAUAUUUCGUCGUGACCGGCGACUCUCUGUACUUCGAUACUGAGCUUCGCGAGUUGCCUCCCUCCGAGGAGCAUGUGGACAGUUGGGUGGAGGCGAUACUUGAUCUGGAUGAGUCCCUCCAGGACCGCAUCUCCGAGGAAGUGGUUGGCGGCAACGUCGGCGCCUUGACGGCAGUGUUGCUCUCGCGCCUCCACAACUUAGAAGUCCUGGAGAUGGAUUUCACCGUGCCUUGCUCGUCCGACGCGAUUGCUGAUGUGCUGAAGGCUUCGGCGUCACCAUCCACUUCGGGUAACGCGUCUGGUUUCCAGCAGCUGGAGGAAUUGAGGGUGAUCAACAAUCGUGACGGCCGAGUGCUGCGCUACGACGACUCACAAAGCAUCCCUGACGCACUUCUUCAUCUGCCAAAUUUAAGAGAGGCGGAGAUAAUUCUCCAAGAACCUGUCGCCGCUCCAUCGGCCGAGGACCCCAUCCUUCUCAACAAUCUCACAAGGCUCAGCAUCCUGAACGCUGGUGCGAGCCCAAAAGACCUCGCGAGCAUUCUCAAGUUUACUCCCCAACUUGAGACGCUAGAGUACUUCUUGGGACAAGACUUCGAGGAGCUCAAAAACGACCGGCGCUAUAGGUGCGAGUAUCGCAACGAGUGGGCAGCCUUUGCAGAGGCUGUGAACACUGUUGCGGGUUCGUUGAAGGAGCUCAUCAUCUCGGUCGAUUGGGCGCACAUAGACGACUACCCGCCCGAGGAUAUGGACACCGACUGGGUCAAUGGCAUCUGGGAGCGGCGGGGUCGGGUAGGCUCACUGAAGUCCUUGGUCUGCCUCGAGCGGCUGGAGGUACCUAUUGUCGCACUCUUGGGGUGGGAGCCGAGCACUGCACCUGACAGGUUGCAAGACAUCCUGCCGAUGGGCCUGCGCGAGCUGUGUCUAAGGGAUGAUCUUAUAGACGAGCACCACUAUCGGUGGACGAGGUGGCAACACUUUGUGAUAGGCCGCAAUUUGGCCCAGUCCUUCCACGACACCUGCAACCCAACGGAUCUACUGGAACGGCUACGGCGGUAUUUGGACGCCGUCGGCACGGAGCUAGAGUCGGACAGCGCGCGGAAGUUUGGGCUUGAGAGCCUUGUCCUGAAAGCCCAGCUGGAUCGGGUGUGGCCAGACAAAUACCUGGAGCAACUCAGGAUGAUGAGCCAGGCCGCAGGGGUCAGUGCUGCAGUGCGGAUGCGCAUGAGCGGCUUUCUCACCAGCUAUGAUUCUUGGAAUGACGAGGUCAAGGAGAUGAUUCUCGAGGCCAUUCCUGGUCAGGACAUGGAGUCGAUGGAAGGGCGGAUUCCGUAUGAAUGCCGGUAUUUCGAUGAGCCUCGCCGACAAUUUCGGUCCAACGACUAG